CAAAAAAAGUGGUGUGUUCCUUUAAACUUAGUGCUCACAUAUAAAAAAUCCAGUCAACUACUGCAGCAUAAAACCAACUCCCCAACCUUUUUUUUCUUUUCAUUUUCAAUAAUCUGAUAAACUCAGAUAUAGAAUAAAAGAUCUGUUGCUACUUCCGUUCAGCGUGACUAGGAUAACAUGCAAAUGUAAGACCUUAGGCCAGCUCUUGAUACCAUGACCAGCUAUACAAAUCUAUAGCACAUUUUCACAACAACUCCAUUGUGAACCCCUAUUGUUAAGACCCAUGAGGCCCAUUGAGUGCUUUUAGCCUGAUCUGGCAACCGAUCCCCCUUUUUGUCUUCAUCUGCAUUGUAAAACCAGAGGGCUGAAAAAUAAUUACCAAUAAACAUCAGGGUAUUAAGAUAAAAACAGUCCAGAUUAAGGAUGAAUGUUAUAGAUCAUCUACUAUUUUGUUUGGUUUGAAUUGAAUUGUAUGUUUAGGACAAUAUGGCUGUACAUUUAACCUGGUAUCAGGUAUUUAAAUGUUUUAAUGCAAACAGUAAAAUAACGAGAAGCAAAAACAGUUACAACGACCAUAAUAAAAGGUGAUUCUUAUAUGUAUACGUUUUAAAUAACGAUGGUAUCUGGCAACCCACCUGCUGUGUGUUCAAAUUUGAGACGUGACUCGUUGGCCCCGCCCCUCACGCCGAAAACAAAAACGCAUUUCCCCUCGACCAAUCAGCAGGCGAGUUCCUCGCAUGUGUGUAUUGUUUAAACUGGCCAAAGCGAACGAGCAGCGUGAGCGCACACAAACUUCCACACGGACAGAGACAUGGCGGCCGCAGUGUCCGUUAGCUCAGCUGCCAGAGACGAGAAAUCCUUCACUGGUGCCAGUAUUGCUCCGAAUCCACUUUAUACAAGUUACGACCAAGCAGCCGAACCUGAAAACUGGGGGUUUGAAACGGCAAAACAGUUUGAAUCGGACACCGUCGAUGAGGGUUCACCGACGGGCAGCGACUGUUCGCGACGGCUCGAUGAUGAACUGACGGCCCUCAGUCCAGAAGAGAUUGCCAGCCGUUUGGAAAGAACGAGAAGAGAGUUUUAUAAUCGACGAAAAAUAAUAAUAAAGAACCUCCCAGCCGAUAUCAGCAAUCAGGAGGUGCAUGAGUUGUUAAGCAACUAUGAUUUGAAGUACUGCUUUGUGGACAAAUACAAAGGGACAGCCUUUGUGACGCUACUGAAUGGUGAGCAGGCCCAGUUUGCGAUAAAGGAAUUUCACCAAUAUGUUCUCCGUGACCGUGAGAUCUCUGUGCAGCUGCAGCCGACGGACGCUUUGCUAUGCAUCGCCAACCUUCCCAGGGCUUUCACCCAGCAACAGUUUGAGGAGCUCGUCCGCCCCUUUGGAAACAUUGAGCGCUGCUUCCUGGUGCACAGUGGCGCCACGGGCCACUCGAAGGGCUAUGGCUUUGUGGAGUAUAUGAAGAAGGACUCUGCAGCCAGGGCAAAGUCAGAGCUGCUGGGGAAGCAGCUUGGGUCACGUAUGCUGUACGUGCAUUGGACAGAGGUUGGAUCGCUCACGUAUCCCAUGCUGCACUCGCGCUGCCUCUGUGUGGACCGACUACCUCAAAACAUCCUCACCGCUCAGGAUCUCCGCACUGUGUUGACUGACACGCACGCUCCUAUAUUUUGCCAGCUUGCUCAGGGUCAGGAUUGUAGUUUUCGACGGUUUGCUGUGAUGGAGUUCUCCACACCUGAGAUGGCUGAGGAUGUUCAGCGGCUGACUGAUGGAAGAUCUCUGGGUGGGACUCGCAUACGUGUCUCCUUCUGCGCCCCAGGACCACCAGGAAGGAGCAUGUUAGCUGCCCUCAUCGCCGCCCAAACCAUGGCUUUGAACCGAGGUAAAGGUCUCCUUCCUGAACCUAAUGCCAUGCAGAUCCUUACUGGCCUCAAUAACCCUGCCACUCUAAAGAUGAUGUUGGCAUCUCUCAACCCGGGACAUAAGCAAGGCCUGCUGGGAGCUGCACCUGCUGUACCUCUGCUGGCCAACCCUGCCCUCUCUGCUGCUCUUAUGCAGCUGAUGCUCCAGAACCAAGUCCAACAGCAAGCUCUUUUAGGGAAUCCUCUUCUUUGGGCACAUAUUCUGCACAAUAAAGAGUACAGUCUCCUUCCUUGUGCUGGUUUGCUAAGUGAAAAUCCUCUGGCUGCUCUUCCUCUCCAACAAAGCAUUAACAUGCUGGGAGAGAUGCCUCAAGGUGCUAUUGCUCCAACCCUGGGCUUGCAGAAUGAGCCUCUUGGUCCCAUCAAACAACCAUCCCUGAGUCGACCUCUUGGGAGGGAGACCGAGACCCCAGCCACCCCAAUUGGCUUUCCCCCAGCAGCCUCUCCGGCACUUCAGGGAAUGAGCUUGCCCCUCCUGACUGGGAUGUUAGGAGCAGAUGGGCCGACUCUACCAGGGGUGUCUAUAUUGGGUGAGCCUCCCAAAGAAGUUGGUGUAUCCCAGAAUCCCUUUCUCAGUGCUCCUAGCAUAUUCCCAUCUUCAGGUGCCAGCACCAGAGCUCACCCCUACAGGAAGAAAACUGCGAUUGGAAGCAUGUCUAACCAACGCACAAACCACAACAUCCACUCAAACUAUAGCCUGCGCUUCCAAGAGUCUUGCACACCAGAGUUUCCACCUCUGCACCAGGACCCCUUGUCUCACUUGUAUGAACAGCAGGAGGUUCUGGAAAAUGCAGCAAUUCCUGGCUAUGGUUUGCAGCUCUCCAGGCAUACAGGCUUUGGUGAUGCAGGCUCUCCUUUCAGCUAUCCACCCAGCCCCCCUCAGUCUUCUUAUUUCAGCUUUGGUGCCCAUACUAGCAUCCCCUCCACCCAGCUCAAUAAGGCUGUUGGAAUGCCUCCAGUGACUCAUUCCAGCCUAUAUCCUGCUGCACCUGGAGCUGGUAUGAAGACUCCCAUCGGCGGGCAGAAGCGUUUGUUCUCCCGUCUCAUCCCGUCUCCAGAGCCCAGUCCGGAGGGUGGAUAUGUAGGUCAGCACUCUCAGGGUCUUGGGGGGCACUAUGCUGACUCCUACCUGAAACGCAAACGCAUCUUUUGACCAGCACUUGACGGCUUCCUCUGAACCACCAGCUUUUAAAGGGAUUGCUACUGUAAUACCACAUUUAAGUGUGUUUUUGUGUGUGAGCGAGAGUGUGAAAGAGCAGUGAACCGUCAUUGAGUUCACUUGGGAAAGAAACAAACAGGAACCAGUGGAUGACCCUGCAGCUCAGAUGAUCGGUCACAUGGAUGAUUGCUGAAUUUUGUGUGUAUAUAAUUUCAAUGUGUAUGUAAAUAGUUUUUUUUUUUUAAAUUUGCUUUUUUAAUUUUGUUUUAAUUUUAUUUUUGUAAACCCAAAGAUGCAACAAACACCACAACGAAAGGAAAAGGGAUCCUGUCUUGUUCAUCUGAUUAGUCCUAUUUUGUAGGCUACUUUUUUUUUUCUUCAUUAUUUUAAUUUGAUUUAUUUUGAAUAAUUUAAGCAGGAUGAUAGCCUUUUCUGCUACGCCUCUUGUUAGUUGUGUGUGUAUAUAGUUGUUCAGUUGUCUAAAAAUGCUUCUCCACUACAAUCACUUCUUCUCACAUACAAGUGCCAAGCCUUACAUGCUUUGAAUAUCAUGUAUCUGUGCAACGGAUAUGGUAGCUGUCUGUUCUCUUCAGUGAGUCACCUGUUUGUGUCUUUAUGGGGAGCUCUGGGUUAGUUAGUCUCAAAAUAGUUUUUUCCCCACCACGCACUGUAUUUGUGUUGCACUACUUUCCAUCCUUGCAUCCCAUUUUACAGAGUCAAGGUUUUCAGAGCUGAUUGUUCAGCGUUGCACUUGGAGGAUAUGGAUCAUGUAUAUUCAUCCUCCAGAAUCUGUCCUUUCCUCACCCGUAAUGCUCGUUCACGCUCAUUCUUGUUUUCUGCCUGCUUUCACACCUCUAUUUGACCUCGUUCAACCUGCACAGUUUUGCUGUUGCAAAGUGUUAGCGUCUCGGCCGUCACGUCAUGAAGCCCCAGCUGGUUGGAGAUGGAAUAUGGGCUGCCGUUCUCCCCUCACCAGGCUCAGAGUACUGCUGAAAGCACAGUAUGCCUGCUGUUGCUUCUGUAUUUCCACUCACACACACACACACACACACACUCUUUGCGUCCUCCGUUAGGUGCCUCUCCUCUGCAGACCAGCAGAGGGAGCCAGUUAGCUUUUCAGUUGGCACUGCUCCAUAUUUUUUUUUUUUUUUUUUUUUUUUCCCUUUUUUUUCUUUUUCUCCUUUCUUUUAAAAUGAGAGCCAACAAACUGAAGCAGGCCGGACCUGUGCCCCUAGCGUGACAUUUACUUUUACCGUUGUAACUGUGACUACCUUUUCCCCUCUGUGGUUUUAACUGCUGUGCCCCAGAGGGGAAAAAGAAGCUUGUGCAGACUGGAAUGUGAUUGACGUAUGAUUGAGUACUUGGUCUGUGUGUGACUUAUUAAUCUGGUUGACAUUUUGAUUUGUGAUAACGCAUUACCUCUGACUUGUACUGCGGCUUACGAUGGAACACGGAGUUACUUGUGUGCCUAAAAACGGCAGUGUUUACUGUAAUCUCUCCAAACUGUGAGCCUCAACUAUAUUUAAGUUUGUUCAUUUGCAGUGUACAUGCUUGAGUUUGAUUUACAUUUCUUCUCUGGAGUCUUGAACUCGUGUUCUUACAUUUCUUCUAGACUGUAAUUGUAUCAAUUGCUGCUCCGUAUUGUAUCCAUCUGAGUGAAAUUGCACAGUGCAGUAUCUUGUAAAUGAUGAUUUUUUUUUUUUUUUUUUUUUUUUUGUGCGAUAUGUGGCAAGAGCUGCUGCUGCUGUGAAAUGAACUAAAACUUUCAGAUGUUUAAAUGACCUUCAUCACCAAUUACUCUUUCCUUUUGUACAGCUCUUCUGCUCUGUUUUUGUGGCAUUUGAACAAGUAAAUGUUAUUUAAGUUCA